AUGUUCGAGGAACAUGUAACGGCGCUGUUUGCUAUCCCCAAGGUAGCCAAAUCAUCUGCGGCUCAUCUGAGCCAGGUUCUAGAUGGAGUAAAUACGCAUUUGAGUGCGAUGCUGUCGCUUGGUGACCACAAUGAUAUUGCGAAUGCCAUGCUAAUCCAUAUGGUGAUUGAGAGGGUGGACGAAGAUUCACAAGUGAAAUGGGAAGAAGCAGUUGAUUACACUAAGCUGUCAUCAUGGGAUGAAGGUUCUGCUGUUUUGAUGAAACGGUGUCAGAAUCUUGAGGCUCGUGAAUCAAAAUUGUGUCCAGUGGAUACAAAGCCUACAAAUAAUCAACGUGAUUAUAAAAAUAAGCGAUUUAAUAAGACAUCGCUGUCUGUGACUAGGUCAUCAUGUACGAUCUGCCAUGGCAGUGGCCACGAGUUGCCAGAUUGUAUGAAAUUUAAAAAUUUAGCUGUUAAAGAUCGGUCUAACGCUGAACGUAAAGCAAAAGUGUGCUUUAGAUGUCUAAAAGGUGGACAUUUAUACAGAGAUUGCUCUGCAAGCUUCUCUCCCAAAGGCUACAGCUUAAAAAGACAUCAUGUAAGCUGGAUGCCAGUGGUGUUGGUGAUGUUGAAACAUCUAUUAGAAAGCAGACAGUAG